AUGUAUUCAACACGCUUUGUUUCAGGCUCUUUAUUAAGAGCCUCCAAUUUUAUCUUUAAAAAUCAAAAACCUAGAGUAUUUAUGAAUAGUUUAGGUAGAACUGUCGGAUCUUUGUCACCUGAAGGAACUAAAAAUGACAAGGAUGAUUUUAAAAGAACUGAUGAUGGUUUUAAAGGAACCGAUGAUGAUUUUGAACGAAUGUUAAAUCGAAUUAAAAGAAAAAAAAAUGUAGAAAUUCCUGUAAAAGAAAUAAUAAUAGAUGAAGACGAUUUUAAUGGAUUAAAAGAACCAGGUUUUAUGAAGGAAGAGGGUUGUAUUGAAGUUCUUUUUAAUGAACACAGACAUUAUGCCAGAAUGCGAGAAAUAGUCAAACGGGCGAAAAAUCAACUUAAUAAAAUGAGAUUUGGAGUAGCAACUAUCCUUGAUUCAUUAACAUUUGAAUACAAAGGUAGAACAUUAUAUGUAAAAGAUGUUACCAAGAUUACUGAAAGUCCUCCAGAUACAUUAUUGUUAUAUGUAUUCGAUGAAGAGAAAUUAGACGCAGUGAUAAAGGCUAUAUACAAUUCCAAUCUUGAUGUAACACCCAGAGUCCAAAAAAAUAAUAUUAUACUUCAUUUGCCAAGGCAUAAAUACAUCAUUAUCUCCGGAUCAAGUCGAGUAUAA